CACGACAAUCUACGAUCGCCUUAGUCACUUUGCCGCAACAUAACGUUCGAGUCGCCAAGGUAUAACUUAUAUCAAGAUGUCUUUCCAAAAGCCAGAGAAGGAGUUCGGCGAGGGCCCAAAAAUCCACCGCAUCCGUAUCACCCUCACCUCCCGCAAGGUCGACGCCCUCGAGAAGGUCUGCACCGAGCUCGUUGAGCGUGCCAAGUCCAAGGACCUCCGCGUCAAGGGCCCCGUCCGUCUCCCAACCAAGACCCUUAAGAUCACCACCCGCAAGACCCCCUGUGGUGAGGGUUCCAAGACCUGGGACACCUUUGAGAUGCGCAUCCACAAGCGCCUCAUCGAUCUUAACGCCCCAACUGAGGUCGUCAAGCAGAUCAUCAUCAACAUCGAGGCCGGUGUUGAGGUUGAGGUCACCAUUGCUGCUUAAAUGUAUCAUGGUACUUCUUCUGGCAUUGCAUGUUAGGGUUCGGGGUGCUAUUGGACGCUUUCUAUUGUUGACGGCGAGAUAUUAG